UUUCCCAGUCAGUGUUGGGGAGAAUGGACACGGCAUCGGAGAGAGAAUUGGAGAACAUAAUCAACGAGGCCAUCUGCUCGAUCUGCCUGGAUUUUUACAGGGAGCCGGUGAUGGUAGACUGCGGCCACAACUUCUGCAAGAACUGUAUCCUGGACUAUUGGGAGAAGCAGAGCGGCAACAUCUCCUGCCCCAAGUGCCGGGAGGAGUUCCCCCAGCGCAACAUCAGGCUGAACAGGUUCGCGGCCAACAUGGUGGAGAGCGUCCGCAAGCUGAGCCAGAAGCCCAAGGAGCCCGGAGGGGACCCGCGCUGCCCGCUCCACGACGAGAAGCUCAAGCUCUUCUGCGAGACGGACAAGACGGCCAUCUGCGUGGUGUGCGCCGUGUCCCAGGAGCACAAGGACCACAAGAUCAGCCCGCUCAAGGAUGUGGCCGAGAUGUAUCGGGCGAGUAGACUGGGGCCCGGGGGGUUUACAUCUGCCUUACUGGAUGGGAACUGGGUAAAAGCGAGAGAUCGUGCAAACUCCACAUAG